CAGGAACCUCCGCGCGUUGCUCAGGUUCCUGACGGCGUUCCAUUUUACAAAACUGAAUACGGUGGCAGUGCCGGCGUGGAAGUAAAAGAGGCAGCGGGCGGUAAUUCAUCUCACCAUGGCACGACAAUUCGAGAACACCAGCACAACAAAGUGCUUCGCACCGGCCAGACGGCAUUGAAGCAGUCUUCUUCACCCGGGGGCACCAAAACAGCGACCGGCGGAGCUACUAAUACCGAGGGAGGAUUGAAUAAACGAAGCGUACUACUGUCGUCUCAUCAUUCAAAGCGCAGUAGCAGAAAAAAUGGUCCUCGUCUACCCCCUAAUUCUCCGAAAAGCCAAGUUCUAUUUCGGGACCCGCCCUACGUCGACACUACUUCCCAGGCACUCGUGGG